AGGUCAAUGACUUAUUUGCCUCCCUUUCCCUUUAUAAAUAAACAACAAGUACUCCUUGAAAUUCAUCCUUAGCUUCUCCUCAUCUCCCGUCGUCAUCAGAUUCCCAAAUAACAUCCUCCUAAACUAUAAACCUUACCAGCCAUGUCGCUUGAAGCGAAAAAGAAUGGAAUUCCAAACCUCACAGCUCAUUUUGCCACAUCUUCCUUAACCCCACCAUCUGAUCCAUCUAACAAAGAACAAGUGGAUAUUGAUUGGGAAAAUAUGGGAUUUGGUCUGAUUCCAACUGAUUAUAUGUAUAUUUCAAAGUGCGCUAAAGAUGGGAGUUUUGACCAAGGCAAACUCAUCCCCUACGGAAAUCUGGAAAUUAGCCCAGCGGCUGGAGUGUUGAAUUAUGGACAGGGUAUUUAUGAAGGCACAAAAGCAUUUAGAAGAGAAAAAGGGGGCAUCUUUUUGUUCAGACCGGACCAAAAUGCGAUCCGAAUGCAGAUUAGUGCGGAAAGAUUGUGCAUGCCUUUCCCUUCUAUCGACCAAUUUUUGGACGCUGUAAAACAGAUUGUGAUGGCUAACAAGCGAUGGAUACCUCCUCCAGGAAAAGGGUCUCUCUAUAUUAGGCCUAUACUAUUUGGAAGUGGACCGGUUCUUGGUCUGGCUCCAGCUCCCCAUUAUACAUUUCUAAUCUAUGCCUCACCUGUCGGAAAUUAUUUCAAGGUCCGACCUGAUACACAGGAGGGAGUGGCACCUCUGAACAUAUACAUAGAGGAAGAGUUCCACCGCUCCUCCAGAGGUGGAUCCGGUGGUGUGAAAAGCAUUACUAACUAUGCACCGGUAAUGAAACCACUAUUGAGAGCAAAAGGCAAAGGAUUCUCCGAUGUACUUUACCUUGAUUCAACUCAUAACCGAUAUGUAGAGGAGGUGUCUUCAUGUAACCUUUUCAUGGUCAAGGGGGACGUUGUUUUGACUCCACCAGCAGGUGUGACAAUCCUUUCGGGUAUUACAAGAAAAAGUAUAAUUGAUAUUGCACGAGAUUUAGGGUACAAGGUUGAAGAAAGAGUGGUGGAUGUUGAGGAAUUAUGCAAUGCUGAUGAAGCAUUUUGCACUGGAACUGCAGUCGGUAUUGCUCCAGUUGGAAGCAUUACUUACAAAGAGAAAAGGAUUCUGUACAAAUUAGGAUCGGGAACAGUGGGGCAGAAACUAGCUUCAACACUCUUAGAGAUACAAAGAGGUGAAAUUGCAGAUAAGAUGGAAUGGGUUGUGGAGGUUGAGAAACCAAACUGAUGAUGCAUUUAUGUAUAGUUGCUCUGAACUUUUAAUUUGUUUGGGCUAUGUAUCUUAAUACUGUAUGUAAAAGUAUUCAAACUUGAAGUAUAUUACACAUAUACUUCUCCCGGAUGUUGAAAAAGUAUUAUACAUAUGUGAUCAAAAUAAAUAAUAAAAUCUCUCUUCCUUUCAA